AUGACCAGAAACAGGUCCAGGUCACAAACCGCUGCAGUGUACGCCAGUCCCCGAGCCAUGCCUCAGGACCGGAAAUGGUCAGUGAGGGGAAUGAUUGAUGACAUUAUCAACUGUAGAGGAGAAAGAUUUGGUACUGGGAAACUGAAGGAGUUGUGCAAACUACUGCCAGAGGAUGGAGAGGUGCGUCAGCUUCUUGAUUUUAAAGGAGACUAUUCAACUCUCUCCGAGGCAGAUCGGUUCAUGGUACAACUUGUCAAAGUUCCUUGCUAUGAGGAACGGUUGAACAGUUUAGUACUCAAAGAGGAAUUCUCACAUUUUAUGGAUGAAGUGAAUCACUCUGUUGCAGUCAUGACCUCUGCUGGACAAGACUAUGUUGCGAUGCAAGCUCAGAAGAUUGAUGCAUCGCUGCUGAGGUUCCCAGAGCAACUACAGCACAUUGGAGAUGCAGCAAGGAUCCAUAAGCAGGAAAUCGAAUCUGAUUUCCAAAAGGACGUUAGUAAAGUCCAGGUGGCAAAGCAGAAUGCUAGUAAACAGCCAGAUCUGGAAGAACAGAUGAGGGAUUUUCUGCAGAAUGCAGACACCAGGUUAACGGAGACUGAGGCAGCGUUCAAAAACCUUUCUGCUGUGUGUGAUUCGGUGGCGGAGUAUUUCUGUGAGGAUCCCACUCAGUUCAAACUAGAGGAGUGUUGCUCCAUUUUCUACUCUUUCUGUGAGAAGUUCAAACGAGCAGUUCAGGAGAAUCUUGAACGAGAAAUGGUCGAGGUGAAGCGCAGACAGCGAGAGCGUACUCAGAUUGCAGCCAAGCGUCGUUCUACCGCCACCUGCUCCUCACGAGACAAAGACGUGGAAGGAGUUGCACUGGAGUCCAUCCUACAGAGGUUUAACAGUCGCCAAUCCCACCGUAGAGCCGGCACCGGUUCACCCACACGGGGAAAUCUUACUGAGACCACCACGCCGGAGAAACGCCCCGCUGACAACAGAGAGGUCAAGAGAGACAGCUGGAUCAAAAGGGCCAUGCAAUCCCCCUUGAUCAAGGAGAGCACUGAUAAGGAUGAGACGCCCAAGCACCCAGAGAUUACAAUCUCAAACCCUGUGCAGGAAAGUGCCGAUUCCUCAAUCAAUCAACGUGCCUCUGUAUUCACGGUGGAGGAGGAGGAAGAUGUCCAGAUAGAGAAAGAGGUGCAAAAUAUGAGAGAGGUGUCACGGAAAGUUUUACAAUACCAGUCCAGUCGAAGUAGCAUUUCAUCUGGUGAGACCCUGUCACCGAUCCUGUCUCCCAGGCAGACGUUCUUCCAGGAAGACAGAAGACAGCUGCUGAUCGUGACCAUAGAAGAAAACACCUCUAAAUCCAGCUCUCUGCUGCAGAACGGCCAGAUCAUCAAUCGCCGGCACACAAUCGCACUUCUCGAGGCCAGUUGUGAAACUACCAGCCAAGAGGAUCUAUUCGUGCCUAGUAAUCUAAACUCAUCUCCGGCUCCCUCUGUAGGUGUUAUUGGAAAAGGGAAAUCUGUGGAAUGCGGUAUGAUUGCCACAUUACAAAACUCUACAGAGACUGUUAAAGAUUCAGACACCAAGCCACUUAAUUCUCAAAAGGAAUCACAAUCUGUUGACUCAUCACAAUCACAAUCAGCAGAGCCAGAGGUGAAGACAGAAGAGACAGAGCCUAGCUUGAAGUUUAGUACUGGGAAGAGAAAUAGCCAAACAAUAUCAUUUAAAAGCACUAAAGAGGGUUUCAGCUUUAUGUCUUUAUUUAAGCGUUGGCGUGAAAAAGACAAAUCAAAUGAGCUUGAUUCUGACAGUGUGGACCCAUGAUCUUAAAACAAAAACAUGUUUUCUGUUUAUUCAGGCAUUUAUGCUGCGUUUAUGGAAAACAAGCUUGGUGCUUUGUCACUGUUUGCUUGUUAAAACAGUGAAUGGACAUUUAUUUCCAUGUCUACUAUAAAAGGAGAAAAAAAUAAUGCACAUGCAAUUACACAGCAUCCUAAAAACAUAAUGAAUUCAAAAAUCUUGUUGAGAUCAGUUGAAAACGAGACAUUUUACCUGCAGUGCUCUUUAUUCAACACAAGGGGACAGUACACGACAUUUUUCCAUGAUGAUAUAGCUUCUGUAUCUGCAAAAAUGAACCAAGACUCAAGAGUAAUUAUCCUCAGUUUAGAUGAUAUACUGACCAAUCAAAAUAGCUGGUAAACCUGGUUGUUAUUCACCACAUAAAACCACAAAUUGUAACAAAAAUAUUUUUUCUUUGAAAAUAAGUGUACUCUUUGAGUACACAGUCAGAGUGUAUUGUCUGAUGAAUAAUUUAAAGUUUUAUUAUUAGUAGUAGUUUUAUUCUAUUGACCUAGCUUAGCUCAUACCACAUCAUGUUUCUGAAAAUUGUCUCUGAAUGGUCAUUGCAGUCUGAAAUUCUCCUUCUUUUGACAGACCAGUCCACAGAUCAAAGCACUCGCCUAUACAUGAUGAAAUAGAGAGUUUCAUGUAGUUUGUGGUUUUCAAUGCUCUAAAAAUGAAAGAAAGUAUUUUAUUUGAGUCAUUGCUGGUAAAACCUCUGCAUUUGAUUUUCAAUAUAAGAUUUCAAAAAAAUUUAGAGACCAUGUUCCAGUUAGGAGUCAAUCAUACACUAAGAUGCUUAAGUGCAUUUUUACAUGGGUUUUAUUUUCCCUGUUUUUAGGCCAGCUAUAUUUGUUUGUGUGUUUGUGUGUGUGUGUGUGUGUGUGUUUGUGUGUGUGUGUGUG